CAGUGAGCUAUGAUCGGGCGGUUUAGCACAGCUCCAAUCGGACAAGUUCAAGUGUUAUCAUGUGGGUAAUCCCCGUUUUUGCAUUGUUAUUGAUGGUGUCAGCGAAUUACAGUUCGGCUGCUAAAGGAGUUCCAUGUGGGCAGAAGCAGCUCACUUUUCUCGCAUACAUAUAUAAAGGAAACGCUGCCCUAGAAGCGGAAUGGCCAUGGCAUGCUGCUGUUUUCCGGAAGCAGAGUAAUGGAGGAGAAGACUACAUUUGUGGAGGAAGCGUGAUCAGUGAGAAUUUUGUACUGACUGCUGCGCAUUGCACGGUUUCGUUUCGGAUGUCCCUCUCGGCAGAUAACUUCCUAGUCAAGUUGGGAUUGCACAACAAGAGUUACCCAAGUGAGCACUCCAGAACACACGAAGUGGUGGAAGUCAUCCGGCAUGAUUCGUUCAACAUAAAUAACUUGAGAAAUGAUAUUGCAUUACUUAGAACCGAGGAGGACAUCACAUUCUCUGAUUACAUCCAACCAAUUUGCCUUUGGCCAGUGGAAAAAUCCGAACUGAAUUCGAUCCUUAGCUCUAGGGGAACUGUAGCUGGGUGGGGAGUCGGAGAUGAGUACAAACUGGUUGACAUAUUGCAGCAAGCCACUCUGUCGGUAGUGGAUUAUGCUACUUGUUUGAAGAGUAAACCGGAGCAUUUCAGUAAGCUGCUAUCAGAUGACAAAAGUAACUUUUGUGCUGGAAACCAAAAUAUGACGAACGUAUGUGAUGGAGAUAGUGGAGGAGGGAUGUACUUUAAAAUAGAUAACGCCUGGUACAUUAGAGGUAUUGUAAGUGCUGGAGCGCGUUCGGAAACCGGAAGACGGUGUGAUCCUCAGCAGUUCGUUACCUUCACCGAUAUACCGUACUACCUAAGGUGGAUUUCACAGCAUCAAGAAAACGUCAAAAAACGGAACUUGCUUAAUUUGGGAAGUUGUGGGUUGGAUUCUUAUAACAUCACAAUUCCUGAGAGUAAAAAAUCAGUGUUUCUGCAAUAUCCUUGGACUGCUAUGCUUGAGUUUAAAAUGGAAAGCUCGCCCUCGAUUCAAACUAUUUGUAAUGGUGCGCUCAUACAUCCGAGAUUCGUUAUCACCGCUGGGCACUGUGUUGAUAGUAGUAUCAGAAAACUUAAAUUAAAAUCCGUUCGAUUAGGAGAGUUUAAUCUCAAAACAAAUCCGGACAGUGGAAAAUCAUUUAGUGGCGAAACUGUUUCCACAACAACGCAGUCUAUCGAUGUCGAGAAAGUGUUCAAACAUCCUCAAUUUAAUAGCCCAAGGUACGAUAAUAACGUCGCACUCCUGAAGCUGAAGCACCCGGCCGACGCAACUAGAUCAAAUGUGAAACCAAUCUGCCUACCGACGUUGGAGGACUACAAUGAGAUAUACACGAUCAGUGGCUGGCGCCGUGUCGGUAGGCAGUCACACAUUCUAAAACGAGAUACUGCUCUAUUGGAAGAUCACGAGAAAUGUAGGUCCAUUUAUGGUAAAAUCAACAUAAGUUUAAGUUCCGAUGGUAAUCAAAUCUGCGGAACCUAUUACCAUGAAAAUGUCCACGAUUGCUUCCAUUUUAUGAGUGGAGCACCAUUACAGUAUGUGAAAAAUGCUGAUCGCAAAAAUCAAUACUUCCUGAAAGGAUUAUUUUCGUUUGGAUUUCCAAAAUGUCAACUAAAUUACACGGAUGUGUUUAUCAAUAUCAAUAGGUACGCGCAGUGGAUCGCGAGCAUUGUGAUGGAUGAAGAAGCUUGAAAAAGUAAUAAAAUGUUUAGUGUAGAAUAUUAUAUACAUGAAUAGAGCUUUUAUUUCAGUGAAUUUUUACGAUCAAGAAUACUGUCUAUGAGUAGGUUGGGCCAAAAAAAAAUUGGAAGAUCCAUGAUGCUUAAGCUUUUUUGAUAUGAAUAAGAACCGUACCUUAAAUUUGGUGGACUUUCAUUAACGUCUAGAGGUCUACCGCAGCUCAUACUACUUCUUGAAAUUUUUUUAAAUUUUGGGACAAUUUUCGUUGUUGGAAUAUCUAUU